AUUGAUGUUGAAGCGUUCCUGGUCUCUGCACACAUGUGUACCAGGCAAAAUGUCAUACGGUCACCGCAGCGCAGCAUCCAUCGCAAUGUUUGAUAAAUAAUGUGCUAGUGCGAUAAGGCAGUUUAGGUAUAUUUUUCUGAAUAUAUUGGAACAUUGAAUAUUCUGUUGCUGUUAGAAAAUAUGCCGAAAGAACAGUUCCGCGAAGCGGAUGUUAUUAAAAAGAUCUCACAUGUUUCUUUUGGCAUCGACAGUGCUGAGUUAAUUCAGCAGGAGGCUCACUUGCAUGUGGUAGCCAAGAAUUUGUACAACCAGGAUGCCCAUCGAACACCAGUGUCCUAUGGUGUACUAGAUCGAAGAAUGGGCGUGAGCCAGAAGGAUGCCACAUGCGAAACCUGUAAAAAGGGUUUAAAUGAUUGCGUUGGGCACUUUGGUUACAUAGAUCUGGCGCUGCCGGUUUUUCAUGUUGGCCACUUUCGUGCAACUAUUACUAUUCUGCAGUCGAUUUGCAAAGUUUGCUCCCGCGUGAUGUUGAAAGAAGAUGAAAAGAAGCAAUUUAGUGCUCGCCUAAUGAAUCCGAAUUUAUCAUAUUUGGCAAAAAAGUCGAUCCACAGUCAGGUGUUAAAGAAAGCUAAGAAAAACACCAAAUGUCCUAGUUGUGGAUCCAUGAACGGACCGGUCAAAAAAGGAGCAGGUUUGAUGAAAAUUGUUCACGAACCGUUCCGGGGUAAAAAGGCAACGGACCCGCUGGUAACCAAUGCGCUGGAAGAAAUGAUGACGGCUAUUGAAGGCAAUCGAGAGCUUUCACAAACUGUCGGACCUUCGUCGUUGAUAAAGGAACUGAAUCCGGUGGAAGUGUUGGAUCUUUUUAGAAAUAUUCCGAAGAGUGACAUUCCACUGCUAGGUAUGACUUCCAAGCAAUCCAAUCCGGCUGAUUUGAUUGUAACGCGUGUUUUUGUCCCACCGGUUUGUAUUCGUCCAUCGGUGGUGUCUGAAGUGAAGUCUGGUACUACCGAGGACGACUUGACCAUGAAGCAGAGCGAAAUUUUAUUGAUCAGCGAUGUUAUAUCGAAGCACAUGAUGUCUGGCGGCAAAAUUGAGCUUAUACAGGAAGAUUGGGAUUACUUGCAGUUGCACUGCGCAUUGUAUUUCAAUAGUGAAUUAUCGGGUAUUCCCCUUUCUUUGAUGCCCAAAAAGCCGACUCGUGGAAUUGUUCAGCGGUUAAAGGGAAAGCAAGGUCGUUUUCGUGGUAAUUUGUCCGGCAAACGUGUAGAUUUCUCUGCCCGCACAGUCAUCUCACCCGAUCCUAAUUUGAUGAUCCAUCAGGUGGGGGUACCGGAUCGUGUUGCCAAGAUUCUGACAUUUCCCGAGCGUGUUAAUACAGCUAACAUCAAUAAAAUGCGUCAGCUGAUAAAAAACGGGACGGAAAAACAUCCAGGAGCUAAUUAUGUCCAGCAAAAGGGUAGUGCGUUCAAAAAAUAUCUUGCUUAUGGUAACCGAGACAAAGUGGCUCAGGACCUUAAAUGUGGUGAUAUUGUGGAGCGACAUCUGAUGGACGAUGAUGUUGUUUUAUUCAAUCGGCAACCUAGCUUGCACAAACUCAGCAUCAUGUGUCACGUGGCAAAAGUGCAGCCUCAGCGAACGUUUCGGUUCAACGAGUGUGCUUGCACGCCCUACAAUGCCGAUUUCGAUGGUGAUGAGAUGAACCUUCAUUUACCCCAAACGGAGGAAGCACGAGCCGAAGCACUGGUUCUGAUGGGGAACAAAUCUAACCUGGUAACUCCGCGUAACGGAGAAUUACUAAUUGCAGCAACGCAAGAUUUUAUUACAGGUGGUUAUCUGCUCACACAAAAAGAUCAGUUUCUAACGCGCGAACAAGUGAUGCAGCUAGCAGCCUGUAUGCUUUCUGGCCCGGAUGCUAAUAUGGAAAUUGAUCUACCAAAACCGGCUAUCAUUAAACCGCGCAAAAUGUGGACUGGAAAACAGAUCUUCAGUUUAAUCUUGAAACCAAACAAACAGAGCAUAGUAAAUGCUAAUCUCUCCACGAAGGGACGUAACUACACCAGCGGUAAAGAUAUGUGCGUUAAGGACUCAUGGGUAGUUGUACGUAACUCUGAACUGAUGUGUGGAGCAAUGGACAAAGGCACAAUGGGAUCGGGUACGAAAAAUUGCAUUUUCUAUGUGCUUCUACGUGAUUUCGGUGAAGAAUUUGCAAUUCGAUCAAUGUGGAGGUUGGCUCGCAUGGCUUCCUACUUUAUGAUGAACCAUGGAUUUUCGUUCGGCAUUGGUGAUGUUACUCCUAGUCGGAGACUCUUAGAGCAAAAACAGCAGCUGUUGGAAAACGGUUACCAACGAUGCGAUGAAUAUAUUGCCGAAAUGAAGAAAGGUACGCUCCAGUGCCAGCCUGGUUGUACUGCGGAGCAAACGCUGGAGGCCGUAAUGCUUAAAGAGCUUUCCAGUAUUCGAGAACUAGCAGCCAAGGCUUGUUUUCGAGAGCUACACCCAACCAACAGUGCUCUGAUUAUGGCUCAAUCUGGCUCGAAGGGUUCGAAUAUCAACAUUUCGCAGAUGAUUGCUUGCGUGGGUCAGCAGGCAAUCAACGGAAAGCGAGUACCGAACGGAUUCGAGGAUCGUGCUUUGCCGCAUUUCGAAAAGUUUUCUAAAAUCCCAGCGGCUCGCGGUUUUGUGCAGAACAGCUUCUACUCCGGCCUAACGCCGACAGAAUUCUUCUUUCACACAAUGGCCGGUCGUGAAGGUUUGGUCGAUACGGCUGUUAAGACAGCUGAAACCGGUUACCUUCAACGUCGGUUGGUUAAAUGUUUGGAAGAUCUCGUUGUUCAGUAUGAUGGAACCGUUCGUAAUGCAAUCGGUGAAGUGGUAGAGUUUACCUACGGUGGCGAUGGACUGGAUCCGGUUUUUAUGGAGGUCAAAAACAAACCAGUUGACAUUGAGCGCCAGUUUAUGCAUGCGAGAAGCGUCAAUCCUUGUCGGGGACAGAAAUCUCUAAAAGGAGAGGAGAUUCUCCCAACUGCCGAAGAGAUUCUUAGGAAACCGGAUUUUGACGGAUGUCGAGCUGAUUUCAGGAAGGAGUGCUUGGAGUUCCUGGAUAAAUUUGGUCAGCGAUUAUCGCAAAUUCAGAGCCGCUACAGUAGUCGUUCCAAGGUGGCCAUGGAGAUAGAGCGAACUACGAUGGGUCAGUUGGAGAUGUUCCUUCAGCAAGUACGCAACAAGUAUAACAAAGCAAUAACCGAACCAGGUACCGCCGUGGGAGCGCUGGCAGCUCAAAGUAUCGGUGAACCUGGCACACAGAUGACCCUGAAAACUUUCCACUUUGCUGGUGUUGCUUCAAUGAACAUUACCCAGGGCGUACCUCGCAUAGUAGAAAUUAUUAACGCUACGAAAGCUAUUUCCACACCAAUUAUCACAGCAGAAAUUGAGGAUAAGAUGAGCAUGGAGUAUGCCCGAAAAGUUAAAGCAAGAAUAGAAAAGACCACGUUGGGGGAAAUUUCUUCCUAUAUUGAGGAGGCGUACAAAUCUGACGAUUGUUUCUUGUUGAUCAAACUGGAUUUGGAGCGAAUUAGGGUUCUGGGACUGGAAGUCAAUGCAGAAACUAUACGAUACUCGAUCUGCAUCUCCAAGCUGAAGCUUAAGCAAGAAAACGUCGAAGUCUACGGCCCUUCGCUAAUUAUCAUCCGUCCGGAUCCAGCGAAACACAGUCAUGCAUUGAAUGCGGAACUACAACGCCUACUAACUGCAAUCCCGAACGUGGUAGUGGCUGGACUUCCACAAGUUUCUCGCGCUGUCAUUGCCGUUGAUGAUUCGCGAGGUACACCAACGUAUAAAUUGUGUGUUGAAGGUUAUGGACUGAGGGAUGUGAUGGCCACAUACGGAGUAGUUGGGGCAAAAACUAAAAGUAACAAUAUUCUGGAGGUGUACGCUACACUGGGAAUUGAAGCGGCUCGGACAACAAUCAUGAAUGAAAUUACGGACGUUAUGGAGGGGCACGGUAUGAGUGUGGAUCAUCGGCACAUUAUGUUACUGGCCAGUCAGAUGACUUCGAGAGGUGAGGUGCUUGGUAUCACUCGACAUGGGUUGGCCAAGAUGCGGGAAUCAGUGUUUAAUUUGGCUUCGUUUGAAAAGACAGCUGAUCAUCUAUUUGACGCUGCGUAUUAUGGGCAAACUGAUUCAAUAGACGGAGUUUCGGAGAGAAUUAUUUUAGGAAUGCCAGCAGCAAUCGGAACAGGGCUAUUUAAGUUGAUUCAUAAUCAUAAGGAUACCAAUUUGGAGGAAGUAGUGGAGCCUAUUUUCAAUUUGUCAUGACGAAGGUUUUAGGCGUGUUGACCACAAUACAUAUUUAUUGAAAAUAUCAUCCUUACAGUAGAAUUAAACAGAUCCGUUCUCAAUGUGAUAAAGCUAUGGAACGAAAGAAAUGUUACUUGGAUACAUACAAA